GAACGUCAGUGCGACAAAGAGACGAAACGAGAAGUACGAAAUGCUCGGCUACGAGGAGCGUGCUUCGUGAUACGCGGCCGAUACGGUAUCGGCAAGAACCGCCCCGCGAGUGAGUCGCGUUUGAAAGUACGUGCGCCUGCAGCCAGCUUCCGUCCGGUCGGCGGUAUAUCGCAUCGCGACGAUGUGACGUUCACUUCACGUCGCACGCACACAGGCAGGACUCGGUGGUAUGGCACGGUAGGGCGGGUGUAUAUUAUCGCGUUUCGGGGGCGUUUCAUUAAAGAGCGCUCGUUUACGGUACGUGUACGCUUCUCCCCACGGCUCCUCGCCUGAGAGGAGCGUCCGCGACCGCGUCGCGCGUUUAAUGGGGAGUUACGGGGCUUCGCCGAUCACGGCUUAAUAUUAAUCGCUGUCCCCCCCCCCCCAAGGUCAGGAGGUGUGUGCGUUAUAUGUGUGUGUGCUGACUCGUCGAUAAACAUCGCGCGCGCCGACGUCAUCACCAGGAAACGCGCGAUGCGUGUCCCGACGCCGCGAGCGCAACACCCGAAGGUCUCGUGAACGAUGUCCAGGUGUCAAUAAUUGACAUCCGCGUGGCGAACCCGGAGAGACGCGUUAACGGGAGCGCGUAGGUAGGUUGGGGCAGGAAGGUAUGGAGGGUGCCAACGGUCAGCUGCAGACCAAGUAUCAGAAAAUCGCCACGGAAUACUCAAAAAUUCGUGCGCAAGCAAAUGUUCUGAAGAAGGCUGUGAUAGAAGAACAAGCGCGUAACACGGAUGUCCGGAAUCAACUGAAGGAAAAGGAGGUGGAGUUUCGUAGGGCUGAGCAGGAGAUCGACAGUCUAACAUUUCGCAAUCAGCAGUUGACGAAGCGUAUAACUGUACUACAGGAUGAGCUCGACAAGGCACAAAACAAGCCCAAGAAGGGUAAGGGCAAAGCGUUAGAGAACAACAGUCAGAUUCCGGCACCACCGCCACCGAAUAACAUCUUAGACGAGGAAUUUCAGAAGAAGAUUGUCGAGAAUGCUCAAUUAUUAUCUCAGAUUAGUGACAAAGAUAGCGAAAUUGAAAGUUUGUACGAUAGGAUACAACAGUUGGAAUGUAAAGUCGAUUAUUGCGAGAAGUCUAAGGUAGAGUUAGAGUGCCAGUAUCAAAGCACUAUAGAUAAAUUAGAAAGAGAGAGAAAUGACUUGCAGAGAAAAUUAAACGAUAGACAGAAACAAGAAGAAACUGUGUCGUGGUCUAGUAACGAAGGUAGACGCGAUGGUUUUGAUUUUGAUACGAGAGGAAUACUCUCGAAUCAUCGUCAGACAGAACCAUCGCCGUUUUCUUCACCGUCUGCUUCGCGUAGAUCGUCAAAGUCGCUUGGGGAAGGAAAGCAAAAGUCACAAGAAGAAAGUAAUGAAUUCCUUUAUGCAAAAUCAUGUGACUUAGAGAAGGAAAUCAAUCAUUGGAAAACUCAGUACCAUAUACUCAAGAUAAAAUAUGAUGAAUUAGAACAAAGAGAAACUGCAGCAACUUCGCAAAUUAAUAACGACACAUUAAAGCCUGUGGAAAUAAAUAAUAUGAUUGGAAAAUUGAGCGCACCUUUUGCCAUACCAGAUGAAAUCGAAGCUCGUGAAUUAAAAAUUAGUGAUUAUUUCCUAGAAGAAAUUGAAAGAUUAACAAACGAAAAACAUGUCUACCAUAUUAAAAACUUAGCUAUGGCCGCUAAUAGCGAAGUUAUGCACGCGCAGUUAGAUACAAGUGAGUCAAAAAGAGAAAAGUGCGAAGCAACACUGUUAGAGACACUUUCCAAUUGUAACAGUAUACAGAAAGAGAAGGAUGCGCAGGAGAUUAAUUACAAGAUACAGCUCAAUACUAUGAGCGAGCAUCUUGCCAAUAUGAAUGAGAAACUUAUCUUCCAAACGGAGGAGAUACAACAACUGAAAUUCGAAUUAGCUAAUAAGAAUAGUAAAAAGGGAAAACAGAAGUGAUCCAGGUCAGAAUUGCAAAGAACAAUCAUUGACAUUCCAUUCAGUGGUAUGGU